UCAAUCAUAUUUCGGUCAUACCAUAAACGUAAUAUUUUUUUGUAUUUACACAAUAAACUAUUAUUUCUUUUUCUAAGUUUUUUUCUACCCAUAAUGCUAUAAUGCGAAUUGGUCGCAAGCAAAACCAAAAAAGGAUUAGGCGAAGGGGCACCAAACGUAAUAAUAAUAAAAGCAUUGGUGCUACUGUUGUCACAGCUAACGAUCCCAAUGCACCUAUUUUGACCAAACAGAAGCGUAAACGAAAUAGAGGGAAAGCGCGCAAAAAGUUCCAGCGAUUGUCAGCAAAAGAAAAUCUAGCAACUCAAAAAUUAUUAACACAAAGAUUGAACAACGGACAAUCAGAUUCAAAAGACAGUGGUCCCAGUAAUUCACAAAUAGUUAGUGCAAUGACUCAAGCAGACGAGACGCCCACAACUAGCACUAAACGCAAAAGCGGUAGCUUCAACAAAUUUCGCGAUAAUACGAAGCGCCGUUUACAGUUACGAAAUAAGCGACUGAACCGAAGCACAACUAGCAGAGAUUUAACGAGUGCCAGCCAGAGAGUUACCAAAAAGCUUCUGCGUACCAUCAGACGACGUCAGUUACAAAAUCAAAAUAAAUCAAAAUUACAACGUAGUUUGAGAACUAAACUGAAUAUGGCUAAUAAAUGCGCGUCUCCAACAUCCAACUUGCACAAUUUAAGUCUGGAAGAAGGCGAAAUAAUCUCGGAUGACGAGAUUAACAAUGUCAAUUUAACUGCGAACACGUCCACGGAUAAUGAUGAUGACUGCAUAUGUGUUGAGCCACAAAUCGAACAAAUCAUCAUUGACGACGAUCUGCCCAACACAUCGCGUUCGAAAGCAAAAAAUAACAAUUCUUCCGGCUAUGUUUCCAUAAUACAGCGUAUAAAUGGGCGCGGCACUCAAGACGCCGGCAAGUUACUCACUUCAACGCCUUGCGGCGGCGCAGCAGCACGAAAUUCUUCACAAAAGAGUGUAGAAGAUUUCACUGAUUUAACUACCAUGUUCUACGAAGAUGUCUCUAGAAUUAAUACUCUAGACAGUAUUAGAUCGGAGGACACUUUCUCGAAUUAUACGCAGCAGUCGAGAGUAGUUGGGAAUCCAAAGUCGAACUCGAGAAACCGUAGAAGAAAUAAAAAGAAAAAUCACACGGUUACAUCGAAAGAUGUCAUAGUUCUGGAUGACACCGUUAAUGAUUCCACGCUGAGACCUGCCUCAAAUGCAGUAAAUAGCAAAAAUCAAGAUGUGGAGAUGGACGAUUCUGUGAUUUUCAUCAGCGAAACCACCCGAAAAUCAAAAAGCUCCUCGUCUGCAUUAGACUUUGUGCCACUCAGUAGUGAAGAUGUACCAAAUCCUAUUGUAGUUCCGGUGAGUCCGCCACGCACGCCGAGAAGAGCGGCUGUGAACAGUGGCCUCUUUACAACCAGCGAGAAAAAGGCAUUGCUGGCCUACAAUAACAACACAUACAAUCCAAAUGCUGACGAUCCAAAAGCGUCAGCGCAACAAUCCCAGAAACGCUUAAUACUCAUCGAUGGCUGUAAUGUUGCAUUUAACCACGCCCUUAACAGAGAAUUUUCAGUAAAGGGUUUGAAAAUUUGUAUUGAUUACUUUGAAAAAAUGGGUCAUGAAGUCAAGGCGGUUGUACCUCAAUUUCGUAUGCACAAAUGUUCCGACUCCGCCGCCAUGUUCGAAUUGCACGGAUUGGGUAAAAUUGUGGUUACACCAUGUAAAAAUUUACCAGGGAAAUUCACCAUUAGUUAUGACGAUCGUUUUGUCUUGCAGCUCGCUGCUGAAAUGGAUGCGGCGAUUGUCUCCAAUGACAACUACCGAGAUCUUAUAAACGAAAAUGCCGCAUUUAAAAAACUGAUUGAGAAUCGCGUUAUCGGCUUUACCUGGUGCAAUGACUUAUUUAUGGUUGCCAAAGACCCGUACGGCAAGUGGGGACCCUCAUUGCAAACCAUUUUGAAUAGAACUUAAACCAACUACUUUAAGUGUGUAAUUUUGUACUUUAGUCUUAGAAGGAUUAUUACUUACAUAUUUCUAUAUCUAUAUAAUUUUUCAAUUGCGGCCAAGUCGGCUUGUUGUAUAUAUUAAACAUCUCUUUUUUAUAUUUACUUGUAUUAACUUGUAGUUUGUAAAGAGAAAACAAAAGAAGAAAUGGAUACAAGCAUUGA